AUGUCCUCUCAAUUCGAUCAGCCCCCGAGCGGGGAAUUCCGCGCAACAGUGGAAGAUGACGGACUCGACGCCGACUACAGCAUGAUCGCAGAGUACCCCGAGGAGGUCGACUACUACGUCCUCUUAGGUCUCUCGCGAACACCACCUCCAACCGAUGCCGACAUUCGAUCAGCCUACCGCAAUUUGACUCUCAGCUUCCAUCCGGACAAGCAACCGCCGCACCUCCGCGAUGCCGCCGAGAGCCACUUCAGACAUAUCCAGGAGGCGUAUGAGACGUUGAUCGAUCCCAACAAGCGAACCGUAUAUGAUAUAGCUGGUGCUGAAGGAGUCCGGCAGGAAUGGGGCCAACUUGGGGCCAUGGGUAUUGCAGGAGAGGCACAAAGGCAAGAGGUCGGAGUUAAGGCGAUGUCGCCGGAUGAAUUCCGACGGUGGUUCUUAAAGACGAUGAAGAAGCGUGAGCGGAAAGCUGUUGAGAGCCUAGUUUCUAGUCGGGGCGGUAUCACCUUAGGAAUCAAUGCCUCCUCAAUGAUCUCUGUGGAUAAAGAUGAAGAUGUGACGUUCCAUAUACCCUCACCGAAGGUGAACACAUAUGGUAUUACAUAUAACUUCAAGACCCCGGUGUCAUUACCGCAACUUUGGACGGCAGAGAACGACGAAGACACCCAAAAUCCCGAGAGCACCGAAGAAGUGCAAGACGAGGAACUUGAACCUGUACAUGUCACAUUGAAUGCUGGUAUUGCGGGUGGCUUAGCUCGGCCCAUGAAGAAAGUCACAAUCGAGUAUGAGGAUGGAACAGAGGGAGAGGAAUCGAUCCAAAUGCCGCCCCUCGUCGCCUCUCAAAACUUCCAGUUCGGAGCUACCGUGAGCCCCAAUUUCAAGAAUUUGUUGGGAACUAAGGGAAUCUGGGCCAAACAUCCCUUCUCGCUUCUCAGAGAUUCUUCGGUCACCGUAGAUGCCCUCCUUCUUCCCACGCCAACCAUGAAAGUGAAUUUUGCCAGGGCCUUUCAGCCGCUCCCUGGCAUCAAGCCGUUUCAGGUCAGCGCGACCAGUGUAUACGCACGCUCACUAUGGGAAACGCCACCUUCCCUGGAGGUCCAAGUUUCGAAAGAGAUCGCAAAGAGGAAGAUUGGUGUCUUCACUUGGCAUAGCGGCUUGAUUGAUUGGCCCGAACUUCUUCAAGAGCGGUUUUCUUCACUUGGGAUGUCAGCUCAGAGUGCCGUGGCUUCUAUGAACGAGGUCAGCAACCUACAAAUUGGCUUAAUAUCGUUGCCAUCUCAAAAUUCCAUAGAAUUCGACGAUGAUGACGAGGAGAGCGAAGAGCUGGACGAUGACACUCGUCGUCUUCUCAAAAAGAAGCGCAAUAUCAACCAAUCAGCCGAAUCAUGGCAGACCCAUCUUCAGGUAUCUCCUGGGGGAGGCGGGCUUGUCUUGACUUACUCGCGGAACCUCUUCUCCGGAAAACCCGCUGAUGACCCAGUCAAGACUGAAUGGAGCUCUGAAGGCUAUUUCCCGAUGCCAGCUAUGGACCAGGCGCGGGCUGUCCGACUCGAGAUCUCAAGUGUUCUCGGUUUAGACAUGUCUUUGAACUGGACCAUCAAGGGCAUUCGUCGGGUUGGUGAAUACACCCGCGUUGGCCUCGGCAUUGGCAUCGCGGAUAAGGGUAUCAUGAUGACAGUCUCAUGGAGCCGACUCGGUCAAAACAUCAACCUGCCAAUCAAUGUCUGCCCGGCCAACGAGGCAACGAGUGGCGCCGCAGCGCUGGCUGCCAUCUUCCCCUGGCUGGCAUACUGCGCAGUUGAAUUUGGAUAUAUACGUCCGCGCGAUAGAAAGAAGCGUCGACAAGCAGCCGCCAGGCGCCACCGCGAACUGAAGAAGCUCAUUCCCAAGAAAUGCGAGGAGAGCCUCCAGGCCAUCGAGCUCAUGUCGGAUCAAGUACAGAGACGGCAAGCUCGCGAGGAAACCCAGGAUGGUCUUAUCAUCCUGAAGGCCGAGUAUGGAUAUAUACCACCAGUAAACAAGAAACCCAAGAAUGGGUUCACGGAGCCUCGGGUGAUUGAUGUCACUAUCCCUGUGGCUGCACUCGUCAACCGAGGCCAAUUGGUGAUUCCCGGGAAGUCGAUCAAGUUCCAAAUCCUGGGUUUCCAUGACCCUGCACCGUUGUUGCCCAAGCGGUUGAAGAUCUGGUAUAGAUUCCAAGGGCUUGAUCACUACGUCGAGACGGGUGACAAAGAGGACUCCCUACCCAAACCGAAAUAUACUGGCGAGGAGGAAGAGUUGCCACAGCAUGCGCAGCCCCGUGGCCCGCGCGUGGUGGGCGCCGACCAGCUUGAUGAGACUCAGGUCGUCUUACGGAGGACUGGCCCCCCACCCUACGGAAACCGUGCCGGAUGGCGACCUCGUGCCCCCGAAGAUUUUGGCGAUGGCGGCGCUUUCCCCGAGAUUCUAGUCGCACAGUAUCCCCUCGAUCUAGGCCGAAAGGGAACGGCCUCAACAUCGAAUGCGCUUGCCGUUCAGGUCGAUGCUGAAGGCAAGGUCAAAUACGACGCGAUCGCCCGCCGCGGACACGGCGACAACCGCACUGUCCAUGCCUCGUUCAAGGAUUUGAUUCCGCUCCGACAACGGGUAGAUAUGGGAGAGCUGUCCUUAGACCGGCCUUCGGAGGAGGAAGUCGAAGCUCAGAUGGCAAAAACAAAAGCCGCUUUGGCAACCCUGGUGGAAGGAGCCUCGUCUGCUCAGAAGCCAAAGAACGUCAAGGGUGGGCAAAGAGCCGAGCCCACCUUUGUUCGAUAUACUCCGGCGAACCAGAUGGGCAACAACGGCCGCCAGAAUGACCGCAUUAUGAAAAUUGUGGAAAGGCAGCAGGAUCCCAUGGAGCCGCCCAAGUUCAAGCACAAGAAGAUUCCCCGUGGCCCGCCAUCUCCUCCACCACCCGUUAUGCACUCGCCGCCUCGCAAGCUUACCGCGGAAGAUCAAGAAGCUUGGAAGAUUCCCCCACCCGUGUCGAACUGGAAGAACCCCAAGGGUUACACCGUGCCCCUGGACAAGCGUUUGGCUGCCGAUGGUCGUGGACUACAAGAUGUUUCGAUUAACGACAAAUUCGCCCAAUUUGCCGAAGCCCUGUUCACUGCAGAUCGUCAUGCCCGCGAGGAGGUGCAGCUCCGCGCCUCAAUGCAGCAGAAGCUGGCAGAGAAGGAGAAGGCACAGAAGGAGGAGCACCUCCGGCAAUUGGCACAGAAGGCUCGCGAGGAACGCGCUGGCCCCAGUCGCCGCGAAGAGCGAGAUCGAUCUCGAAGCGCCAGCCGCAAUUCUUCUCCAUAUUCUUCGAGGUCUGGUACCCCUACCGAGGACGACGAGGCGGCCCGGGACCGUGAGCAGCAGCGCCGCGAGCGACGACAGGAUGCUGAGCGACAACUGCGCCAGUCCCGCAUGGGUACGGAGCGCCGCAUUCAAACCAUGGCCCGCGAACAGAACCGUGAUAUUUCCGAAAAGGUGGCGCUUGGUCUGGCCAAGCCUACGCAGAGCUCCGAGUCCAUGUGGGAUUCGCGUCUGUUCAACCAAACCAGUGGUAUGCAAUCUGGUUUCAAUGAAGACAACCCUUACGACAAGCCGCUGUUCGCCGCGCAGGACGCUAUCAACAGCAUUUACCGUCCACGUGCCCAGGCCGAUGCCGACGACGAAGAAGCCGGUGAAGGCGAGAUGAACAAGCUUGAGAAGACCAACCGAUUUGAGGUCCUGGGUCGCGCCAAGGAAGGUUUCCGAGGCGCUGCUGACGCCGAGGAGCGUCAGGGUCCUGUUCAAUUUGAAAAGGAUACCGCCGAUCCAUUCGGCAUUGAUAACAUGAUUGCUGAUGUGACUUCGGGCCAGAAGCGUUAUGGAAUCCAGGAAGCCGAAGGCGAAGACCGAGGAUCCAAGCGCGCUCGUGUCGACGACGACUAA